CUUAGAUCAAGUUCAUAUAAGCCUUCGACCUCGGACUCUGUUGCCUCCUUUUCUCUUCACUCUUACCACCAAACCAAAUCCCGCAACAUGACCAUCGGAAUUGCAUUCAUCGGAGCAGGGCUCUUCGUCAAGGACUACCAUCUGCCAGGAGUCCAAGCCUCCCCCGACCUCGAACUGAAAGCCGUCUAUUCCCGCUCCCUGAAAUCAGCUUCCAGCAUCGCCCCUGACCAGCAGAUCGACCGCUACGCCGACGACGCGCCCCAGGGCCUCGACCAGCUUCUCGCGCGGGGUGACAUCCAAGCCGUGAUCAUCGCCCUCCCUAUAACCAACCAAGCCGCAUACGUCCGCGCCGCCCUCAGCGCCGGAAAACACGUCUUCUCCGAGAAACCCAUCGCCAAGGACCUGGCCGAAGCCACCGCCCUGCUGGACUGGUACCGCUCCACCAUCCUGCCCCAGGGGUCUGCUGCUCCAACGUGGUCCGUCGCCGAGAACUACCGCCACUUCGACAGUCUCCGCCAGGGUCGCGCCCAGCUGGCCCGGCUCGGUCGCAUCCGCCAGUUUCGGACGCAGGUGUACUUCGAUUGUCGGCCGGGGAAGUUUGUUUUCUGGCCUUUCUUCGCACUCGCCUGGCGCCAACAGCCCAAGCACCAAGGCGGAGCCGUCCUGGAUAUCGGGGUGCACCAUGUCGCUGCGAUGCGGUAUCUCCUGGGCGGCAGACCGAGGGAGCGGAUCACGCACGUGAGUGCGUUCGUGGGUAGCUUUGCGGACGCGUUGCCGCCGGUGGAUACGGUGGAUGCGGUGCUGCGCACGGAGUCUGGGGCGCAGGGGACGUUCCAGCUGUCCGGGUGUUCGAGCUUGGAGGAGAGUGGAUGGACGGUGGUCGGGGAGAAGGGCCAUGUGCGGGUUACUGAUGAUGAGGUGGCGGUGCAUGUGGAGGGGGAGGAGGACGAGAGGCAGACGUUGCCGGUGGACAAAUUGGCGGUUGGUAACGAGAUCAGGGCGUGGGGGGAGGCGUUGAUCUCUGGGGAGAUGAAGGCUGAGCAGCGGCCGGAGGAGGCGUUGGCGGAUCUGGAAGUGAUCGAGUUGAUUCUGAAGAGUGGCAAGGAGAAUGGGGCACCGCAGGUCACAAAGUAUCAGUGCUGAUCUAUGAGAUCUUGACCGGGUACAGCGCUUUGCACAACUGCUACUCUCAUCUCAGACUAAGUCAGAGUUGUUUCCCGACCUUAUACUGACAGCACCAGUCCGUUGACAAUCAGUAGUAUAACGAGAGUCUGUUAUCAUGAAGCAAGGCACAAUGUUCUUCCGGCACAUCUCACACAAGUUACUUACCGUACAUGAAGCAUCAACAAAAUGCAUAUCUGAUGGCCCCAGCUGGCCCACUCAAGCACGCGCCAUGCUUCCGGCUGCUGAGCUUAUAAUGCAUACAAUUGUCG